UGCUUUCGACACCAGUCGUCGUCUAGUGCGACGUGUUAAGCAAUGUUCAUGCAGCGGGCACUGAGCCGCGCCGCGCGGCCGGCGGCGUCGUCGGCGCGGUCCAUGAGCGCCGUGACCAUCGAGUUCCCCGGCGCCUACGCGACGCACCGCUGCGAGGCGCCGGACGCCGUCGCCGAAACGAGCAAGGAGGAGCUCCUCGAGUACUUCAAGACCAUGUACACGAUGCGGCGCAUGGAGAUCACCUGCGACAACGAGUACAAGGCGCGGACGAUCCGCGGCUUCUGCCACCUCUACGACGGCCAGGAGGCGAUCGGCACGGGCAUCAACGCGGCCCUGGACCUGGAGGACUCGUGGAUCACGAGCUACCGGUGCCACUGCAUCAUGCUCGCCCGCGGCGGCACCGUCGAGGGCGUGCUCGCGGAGCUCAUGGGCAACGCGCACGGCGAGACGGGCGGCAAGGGCGGGUCGAUGCACUUCUACAACAAGGAGCAGAACUUCUACGGCGGCCAGGGCAUCGUCGGCGCCCAGGUGCCCGUGGGCACGGGCCUCGCCUUCGCCAACAAGUACAAGACGCCCCUCGGCGAGAAGAUGCCCGUCGCCAUCGGCUGCUACGGCGACGGCGCGGCGAACCAGGGCCAGAUCUGGGAGGCGGCGAACAUGGCCGCGCUCUGGAAGCUGCCCAUGAUCUUCUGCAUCGAGAACAACCAGUACGGCAUGGGCACGUCCAUCUCCCGGUCCUCGUCGAACAACGACUACUACACGAUGGGCAACCUCAUCCCGGGCAUCAAGAUGGACGGCAUGAACGUGCUCAGCGUCCGCGAGGGCAUGAAGCACGUCAAGGACUACGUCGGCUCGGGCAACGGGCCCAUGUACGUCGAGAUGUCGACCUACCGCUACCACGGCCACUCCAUGUCGGACCCGGGCACGACGUACCGGAACCGCGAUGAGAUCGCGGCGAUGCGGUCCACGCGCGACCCCAUCGAGCACGUCAAGAAGAUGCUCGUCGACCACACGGACGCGACGGAGGAGGAGCUCAAGGCCAUGGAGAAGGUCAUCCGCAAGGAGGUCGCGGACGCGUGCGACCGCGCCAAGGCCGGCGCGCCGCCGGACUCCAUCGCCGACCUCACGAACAACAUCUACCUCACCGAGGACGGCAAGAGCGAGCCCCAGGCCUACAUCCGCAUGCCCGACUACACCAAGUCCAUCCGCCAGUAGGCGGCCACCGGCGCGACUAAGGAAUCCGACGCG